AUCUUUUAUUACAGAGGCAAGAUUGAAUCAUGUUGUUUAUGUGGUUCUGUGAUAGUGAAGUAGAAAGGUCUAAACUAUAAUGGAGAAGAAGAAGUAUCCAAUCGGGCCGGAGCAUUAUACACUGUAUGAGGAGGUGGGGCAAGGCGUUAGUGCCUCUGUGUACCGUGCUCUCUGUAUACCCUUGAACGAUGUUGUUGCAAUCAAAAUUCUUGAUUUUGAACGUGAAAAUUGUGAUCUGAAUAACAUUUUCCGUGAGGCACAAACAAUGGUCCUAGUUGACCAUUUAAAUAUUCUUAAAUCACACUGCUCCUUUGUCAACGACCAUAACCUAUGGGUUGUCAUGCCAUACAUGGCUGGGGGAUCUUGUCUUCAUAUACUGAAGGCUGCAUAUCCUGACGGUUUUGAGGAGGUGGUUAUAGCAACAGUACUUCGUGAAGUGUUGAAAGGUUUAGAGUAUCUUCAUCAACACGGGCACAUACAUCGGGAUGUUAAAGCUGGGAAUAUUCUCAUUGACUCACGCGGUGCAAUCAAGCUGGGAGACUUUGGUGUUUCAGCUUGCAUCUUUGAUUCAGGAGAUAGGCAACGCAUGAGGAAUACAUUUGUGGGAACACCAUGCUGGAUGGCACCUGAGGUUUUGGAGCAACUGCAUGGUUAUGAUUUCAAGGCAGAUAUCUGGUCAUUCGGUAUAACUGCACUAGAGCUUGCUCAUGGCCAUGCACCAUUCUCAAAAUAUCCCCCAAUGAAGGUAUUACUUAUGACCUUGCAAAAUGCACCUCCAGGCCUGGAUUAUGAAAGAGAUAAGAAAUUUUCUAAGUCUUUCAAGCAAAUGAUUGCUAGCUGCUUGGUGAAAGAUCCUAUAAAAAGACCUUCAGCCAGGAAAUUAUUAAAACAUUCUUUCUUUAGGCAAGCAAGGUCAAAUGAUUAUAUAGCAAGGACACUUCUUGAUGGAUUGCCUGCUCUUGGUGAUCGUAUCCAGGCAUUGAAGAGAAAGGAAGAAGAUAUGCUUGCUCAAAAGAAAAUGCCAGAUGGUGAAAAAGAAGAAUUAUCGCAGAAUGAAUAUAAACGUGGGAUAAGUGGAUGGAAUUUCAAUCUUGAAGAUAUGAAAGCUCAGGCUUCCCUGAUCCAUGAUGAUGACCUUAUAUCUGAUGCCAGCCAAGGAGGGAGCUCAAAUUCUUUGCUGUCACUCGAAGGACGAGAUAAGCAAUCAGAAUGCCAGACCUCUUCUCAAGCUACAGGCAAGCUUUCACAGGAAAAUAGUGAUCUGGUCCAGAAUCAACCAGCUUCUUCAGCAGCAAUUGAUCCAGCAGUAACUAUUACCAAGUUUGAAAGAUCUGAUGAUGACUCAAGUGGUGCUAGCGCCUCCCAUGAACUGAAUGUGACUUCACAUGCUAAUGAUGAUUGUGUUGAAAGUAAACUUGGCGAGAAGCCUGUUCUGGAGCUCAAUGGAAAAUCUUCUGAUAACAUGAUUAAACAUUUGCAUCAAAGGACAGCAACAAUUCCGGGGAGCAUCACUAUACCAGAAACCAUUGUUCUUCCAGUUAAAGGAGAAAGUGAUAAGCAAAAUCAGCACCAGAAUAUUUCUGGUGGCAAUGGGGCAGCGGUUCCUGCAGGAGGAGAGGAUACUCUUUCAGAGCUUCCCUGUAAGGCUUCUAAAUCACCAGGCAAUGUCAUUGUAGGAGUGACCAGUGAUGAAGAGAAAGCAAAGCCACCUGUCGUUCAACAAAAGGGACGUUUCAAAGUUACAUCCGAGAAUGUUGGUUUGGAAAAGGUUACUGCAUCUCCUUUACUACAAAAGAGUCGCAGCAUGCAGGUUGGUACUUCGGAGGUGUUGACUACAAACCCUCCGACUUCACUAGCAGCAACAUCUGAUCCUUCAUCAUCAAUUCCUGCUGCCAAUCAUCUUUUCCCAUUGUUACAGUCUGUUUUGCAGACAAACAUUCUUCAAAGGGAGUAUAUCCUCAACGUAAUGAAGCAAGCUUGUGCUGGAGACCCUAUAGCUAACCGUGCAUUCGAGGGAGUAGGUGUACCAGCUAAUGUGCGAGUCACAGAGAAAUCUUUGUUGGAAUUAGCUCAUGACAGGGAAAAGGAGUUGCUGCAUGAAAUAACAGAGUUACAGUGGAGGCUCAUCUGUACCCAAGAAGAGCUGCAAAAGUAUAAAACAGAGAAUGGUCAGGUGUAAUUUUGCUUCGAAUGAAAGCUGUGAUGGAGGUCGAACCCGUUUCUUGAACAAUACGAUUCUAAGGAAAGCUAAAAGGGAGAAAGAUCGAGAAACAAACAUGAGCAAGAGAUACAUACAAUAAGCUAUAGGGAGCUGGAUGUUAUUUGUAUCUUAAGCCCCUAACUUGUUGUAAAUUACUCUUUAUUAUUUUUUCUUCUCUAAGAUCAUAUAUCUUGUAAAUACUAAACGUAGCUUGAACAUUGAUUUCUAGGUACAU